GGCUAUCCACCUAUGCCGGAAGUCAAGCCUAACACUGCGCAUUCUUGAGCCUUGAGCUCUCAAUGAAAAAUAGUUUCAUGACUAACUUUUGGGCACGAGAACCCACGUUACCGCCCGCGACCGUGGUCCCCUGCUCGAGGGUAGAAGUCUCGGGGAGACGGAGGCGUCUUCGGGUUUGAAGUCUGAGGACUCCCCAUCGUUCCAAUGUGUCCUCUGCAUUGUGAAAGUGAUGUCAUGAUGGCCUAACCCAAUCAGGAAGGAAGAACCAAGAAAGAUUUCAAGAAGAAGCUCUUUCGAAACGCAGAUUUCUUCGCCUGGUGUUCUUUUGUACACUGAUCGACACUGGCUGUGCAUCCUGCGCUCGCUGUCAACGCUGGAGGAUUGAAGCCAGGUCGCUGGAAGAAUCGAGCUACUGUUGAUUUUCAGUCCUACGACUCGCCUCCAUUUCCAUGUGUGCUCUGCGUUGUGAGAGGUCGGCGCGAAAACGGGCACCAUCAUCGGGCCUGCCGUUGGAGGACUCGCCGCCAUUUCAAUGUGUGCUCUGCGUUGUGAGAGGUCCCGAGCACGUCAUGGAUGGUGCACCAUGUAUCCUGAUCAAGAGUUUCCAGUUUUGUGACGACGAAGCAUCAAGUGACGGCGAAAUGACGAGUCCGACGGACAUGGACAAUGAAGAGGAGCCGACGAGCCGAGCUAUUCCGAGCAAUCAUGUCCAAGCCAGCAGCUCUAGGGAGAGCCGUUUUGAGUGCACAGCUUGCAAUAAAAAAUUUAAUCGGCUUAGCUUUCUAAGAGACCACCUUCGGACCCAUACUGGAGAGAAACCAUUCGAGUGCACAGUUUGCAACAAAAAGUUCAACACGGAAAGAGGGCUUAAAGGUCAUCUCCGAAUACAUUCAGGAGAGAAACCCCAUGAGUGUAUGGUUUGUAGUAAGAAGUUUACUUUUCGACGUGAUCUCGAAACUCAUGCCCGAACCCAUACUGGGGAAAAGCCUUUCGAGUGCACAGUUUGUCACAAGAAGUACACCACGGCAAGUGAUCUGCGACGACAUGUCCGAACCCACACUGGGGAGAGGCCUUUCGAGUGCACAGUCUGCAAUGAUAAGUUUUAUAGGUCCUCUGAUCUCAUACGUCAUCUUCGAGUCCAUACGGGAGAGAAACCAUUCAAGUGCACAGUUCGUAACAAAAAAUUCAACACUGGGGGUGGACUUACAGCCCAUCUUCGCACUCAUCGAGGAGCGAAGCCUUUCGAAUGCACCCUUUGCAGGAAGAAGUUGUCGAGCGAAUCAUAUCUAAGGACUCAUCUACUUACCCAUACCGGGGAGAAGCCUUAUGAGUGCUCAGUUUGUAAUAUGAGAUUUACAGACGAAUGUGUUCUUAGACGUCAUGUUCGAACCCAUACCGGGGUGAAGCCUUUCGAGUGCAAAGUGUGUGAUCAGAAAUUCUAUCGGUCAGAACAUUUGGGACGUCACGUUCUAACCCAUACCGGGGUGAAGCCUGUCGAGUGCUCUGUUCGUAAUAAGAAGUUUUAUCGGUCACAUCAUUUGAGACGGCACAUGUUUUACAAGCGUUUCAGAUGCACAGUUUGUAACAAGAGGCUUUCGUCACAGGCUUAUAUGAUUACUCAUCUCAAGUGUCAUAUUAGGGACUUACUUGUCGAAAGGCCAUUGUCACGUGAGAAUUCCAAUUGUACCUAAACGGAACAAACCAGUGUUAUAUAAGACAUUGUCGUUUGCUGUCUCCUUGGAUUAAUGCCAAGUCUAAGACUUUUGCCAUAUUUGUCGUGUCAAAAUAUUGCAAAAACAUUUUCUAUGUCUACAUGAUAUAUCGUAUCCUGUAUAUUUUAAAUCGUGUGGUAAAGUGUCUGAUUUUAACUACGCUUCGUUUGAACGUACUUUUUAAUAUGUUGAUGUUUUUUUUUCAUGUGUUGGAUUGUUGAUUCUAAAUGAAAGAUUUUUUCUUUCUUUUUCUAGUGACGUAACGUUUAAUUAUUCGUCUUAUUAAAGAAAUCAGAAUGUUGUGUUCAACUUUAUUUCUGUAGUGCUUGUGAGAGAUUUCUCUGGAAGUGCCGAAAUAUAUCUUGUCAUUUUUCCAUUUUCUUCCAGGUUGGCGUGACCACACGGUCUGUUCCAAUGAUCAGGAA